UGUUCUAGAUACUGCUGACGCUUUUACUGCCAGUCAACUGAUAUCAUACUAAGGCUGACAAUAUUGUGUCCAGAACUACCCAUGGAUCCACGUCGAGCUCGCGAUCCGCGCUUGGCACGUGUGGACCCGCGUUUGCAGCGAGGACCAUCUGCGUUGCCCACUCCCUCGCCCCAACAACAAAGUGGGUCAGGACAAAGCACGACACAAUGGACUGCGAAUGGAGCAUAUAUGGCUUCACAGUCCACGGUUCCCAAUAUUCUCGUGCAGCAAGCUGACACAGCUUCUGAGAAUGCCAUUGCUGGCCCCUCGACUCCUGCAAACAAUGUGGGAUCCUCCACAUACAAGCCUAGACCACUCUUUUGCGUUGUGUGUGCAAGUAACCAAAACCGUUCCAUGGAAGGUCAUCAUGUCUUGCAAAAAGCUGGGUACCGAGUGAUUUCUUACGGCACGGGCUCCGCUGUGCGCCUACCUGGACCAUCAAUAGACAAGCCUAACAUUUAUUCGUUUGGUACACCAUAUAACUCAAUAUACGAGGAACUUAAUGCAAAAGACCCGAGAUUGUACACCGCAAAUGGACUUCUCCAGAUGCUUGAUCGCAAUAGGCGGAUAAAGCUAGCUCCAGAACGGUGGCAGGACAGCAAGACAGUUGCAGAUGUAGUUAUUACAUGUGAAGAACGUUGCUUUGAUGCUGUUUGUGAUGACUUGCUCAGUCGCGGCGGCGAAUUCAAUAAGCCCGUUCAUGUCAUCAAUAUCGAGAUUAAAGACAACCAUGAGGAAGCACUCAUUGCUGGAAAGGCGAUGCUGGAUUUGGCCGCUGCUAUCGAAAUCUCCCAAGAUAUUGAUGAAGAUAUUGAUAGGAUACUGCAGGUGCAACAGGAGCGCCACCCCCACAGUCUUUUACACGCCAUAGCUUUUUACUAGUAAAAAAGAUUCGCAUCAUGGGACCCUCAUGGGCCCUUGUAAACAAAAUAUUGGCUUUUCAUAUGGUCAUGUGUGGAUUAGGUCAGGCACUGGUGACUAUCAUAAUACUGCCUUUAUAAUGCUCGAAGUCAUCACAUGAUAGG